AUGGCGGGUGAUUUCGAUGUUUCCCAGAAGGCUCUCGAUGAUGGGGUUCCCGUCUCUGGGGAAUCUGUGUUCUUGCAUGGAGAAUUGGAUUUGUGGAUUAUGGAAGCAAGGUCUCUUCCAAAUAUGGAUUUAGCUUCGGAAAAUUUGAGAAAAUGUUUUACUAUGUUUGGGAAUUGUGGACCACCCUUAGGCACAAAAAGUAAGAAUUCAGGCAAGCAUUCAAACCGGCAUUCAAUCAUAACUAGUGACCCCUACGUGUCCAUUUGCCUAAGAGGGGCUACUAUAGCUAGAACUAGAGUAAUUUCCAACUCCGAAAACCCUUUGUGGGAUGAGCAUUUUUGUGUACCAGUGGCUCACCCUGUUGUGAAAGUGGAGUUUCAGGUCAAGGAUAACGAUGUUCUGGGUGCUGAGCUAAUUGGAGUUGUGGGAAUAUCUGCAGAAAAGAUACUUUCAGGAAAUACAAUUAAUGGUUGGUUUCCUAUAGUUGGACCUUAUGGGAAUACUUCAAAACCUUAUCCUGAAUUGCAUCUUUCUGUUAAAUUUAGAUCAGUUGAGGAGAACCCCCUAUAUAAGGAUGGAGUUGGUGUUGGACCUGACUAUGCUGGAGUUCCAAAUACGUAUUUUCCACUUCAUAAAGGAGGGAGUGUGACGCUUUAUCAGGAUGCACAUGUGCCUGAUGGGAUGCUACCUGAAAUUUUACUUGACAAUGGGAAAGUUUUUCAGCAAAACAAAUGCUGGGAAGACAUAUGUCAUGCAAUAUUGGAAGCUCACCACUUGGUUUAUAUUAUUGGGUGGUCCAUAUACCAUACAGUAAAGCUUGUGAGGGAGCCAACACGGCCUUUGCCUUCUGGAGGAGAACUUUCCCUUGGGGAACUGAUGAAGUACAAAUCCCAAGAAGGGGUUCGUGUGGUUAUGCUCAUCUGGGACGAUAAAACUUCCCAUGACAAACUUUUUCUGAAAACGGAUGGAGUUAUGCAAACUCAUGAUGAAGAAACCAGAAAGUUCUUCAGACACUCAAGUGUCCAUUGUGUGCUUUGUCCUCGUUAUGCGAGCAGUAAGCUUAGUGUGUUCAAGCAACAGGUUGUGGGAACCCUUUUUACCCAUCAUCAAAAGUGUGUGCUUGUUGACACUCAAGCUCCUGGGAAUAAUCGGAAAAUUACUGCUUUUAUUGGUGGUCUGGAUUUAUGUGACGGCAGAUAUGACACUCCUGAGCACAGGCUAUUUAAUGAUCUCGACACUGUCUUUGCAAAUGAUGUUCAUAAUCCAACAUUUAAUCCUAGUACAGAAAUAGGUAAGCCUGCUAAUGCCAAUUUGGUAUCCUUCCAAAGGCAAGUGAAAGCCCCAGUAACUCCAACGCCCUUCGACCAGUCUUGUGCCGGUGGCCCAAGGCAACCAUGGCAUGAUUUACACUGUAAAAUUGAGGGUCCGGCUGCUUAUGAUAUAAUGACCAAUUUUGAACAAAGAUGGAGAAAAGCAGUAAAAUGGAGAGAUUUUAAGAUAAGAAAGGUCAGACACUGGCAUGAUGAUGCCUUGCUAAAGCUAGACCGGAUCUCGUGGAUACUGUCUCCGUCUUCUAGUCCUGAUGGUGACCGUGUUGUACAUGUUACCAAUGAAGAAGAUCCUGAAAAUUGGCAUGUACAGGUGUUUCGAUCAAUAGAUUCAGGGUCUGUCAAGGGAUUUCCAAAGGAUGUUAAGGAAGCCGAGGCACAGAAUCUUGAAUGUGGAAAGAACUUGAAAAUUGAAAGAAGCAUACAUGCAGCGUAUGUGAAAGCAAUAAGAUCAGCACAACAUUUUGUAUACAUAGAGAACCAGUAUUUUCUUGGAUCUUCAUAUUACUGGCCAUCAUACAAAAAUGCAGGGGCAAAUAACUUAAUUCCUAUGGAGCUUGCCUUGAAAAUUGCUAGCAAAAUAAGGGCGAAUGAACGUUUCUCUGUGUAUAUUGUGAUUCCAAUGUGGCCAGAGGGUGAACCCACUAGUUCUGCUGUACAGGAAAUACUUUUUUGGCAGGGGCAGACGAUGGCUAUGAUGUACAAAGUUGUUGCCCACACUCUUGAAAAGGCAGGCCUUUCCGAAGCAUAUCACCCACAGGAUUAUUUGAAUUUUUAUUGCCUUGGUAAGCGCGAAGCUUCAUCUCCACAAAGUAGACCUCAAGCUGAUCUGUCUACUGAGAACGGCACAUUGGGAUUAGCUCAAAAGUUCCGCAGAUUUAUGAUCUACGUCCAUGCCAAAGGGAUGAUAGUUGAUGAUGAACAUGUUUUAAUGGGAUCUGCAAACAUAAAUCAGAGAUCUAUGGAUGGUUCAAGGGACACUGAAAUUGCUAUGGGAGCUUAUCAACCAAAUUACACUUGGGCAGGGAAGAAUAUUCAUCCUCAUGGCCAGGUGUAUGGGUAUAGGAUGUCUCUAUGGGCUGAACACCUUGGAACCCUUCAAAACUCUUUCCAUGAGCCACAGACUCUUGGAUGUGUUAGGAAAGUCAAUCAGAUUGCCACACAAAACUGGAAGGCAUUCGUGGCGGAGGAUCACAAAGAAAUGAUGGGGCACUUGAUGCAAUAUCCUAUUCAAGUAAGCAGAAGUGGAAAGGUGAGUCCACUGCCCGGUCACGAAAGCUUUCCUGAUGUGGGUGGUAAGAUUAUGGGAGCACCUACCAAUCUCCCUGAUGUGCUUACCACAUAA